AGAAAAUGACUCAUUCAUUGUUGGAGAUGAGAAAACAUUAAGUUUACUUUUUACAUCUACAAGUUUGUUAAAUUAUUUAAUUGUUAUUAUUUUAAAUUGUCUUUUUAUAUGAUUGAUUAACAAUUUACUUCGGUGAUGAUGAAUCGUGGGUCGGUGAAGAGACCGCUUUCCGAUUCGACAAAUGUUCUUGAUUAUUGUUCAGUUUAUGAACCUCCGGCCAAACAAAAGACUGUCAUUAGGGAAGAUGACGAUGAUGAUUGUGAAUUGAGUCGAAUUGGUCCCAAUAAUAAUAUUCAAGUCUACAUUCGAGUUCGCCCUGAAAAUGAGAGAGAAUCUCGGACAAGAAGAAUUAUUGAAGUGGUUGAUGAUCAAAGUUUACUAUUCGACCCGUUGACAGACGAUGGUAACACUUUCACCUAUCAUGGUAAAAAAUAUAAAGAUAUCGGUAAAAAGGCCAACAAGGAUUUGUCGUUUUCGUUUGAUGCUGUUUUCGAUGAAGGAACAACAAAUAUUCAAGUGUAUGAAAGAGCCGUUAAAGGUUUUGUCCAAUCUUUACUUGAUGGUUUUAACUGUACCAUUUUCGCCUAUGGUCCAACUGGAUCCGGUAAAACUUUCACAAUGUUGGGAUACAAUGGUGAUCCUGGUGUAAUCUUUUAUACUGCCAUGGAAAUAUUUCACAAUAUUGAACAAAGACCAUCGGAUGAACAAUAUGAAGUGUGUGUUGCUUAUUUUGAAAUUUACAAUGAAAAAGUGUAUGACCUGUUAACUCCAAGUUCACAAGUCCUUAAGGUUGUCGAUUCCAUGUGUGGUGGUGUAAAUAUUUUAGGACUUACACUGAGAACAGUUGGAAAUGCCGAUGAACUCAUUGAAACUCUUGAAACUGGUAAUCAAUAUCGUGCCCAACAAGCAACCGACGCAAAUGCAACAUCUUCACGUUCACAUGCGGUUUUUCAACUGUUUUUACGCAAGAAAACCUGCCCGAAAGGUAAACAACUUGUAACACAGGAAACGAAGAUGUGCCUUGUAGAUUUGGCUGGUUCGGAAAGAGCUUCAAUCGCUUACAAAGAGAAACGUUCCAAAACUUUACACCGAGAAGGAGGAAAUAUCAACAAGUCUCUUCUUGCACUUGGAAAUUGCAUCAAUGCUCUGGCCUGUAAAAGUCGUAAAGGUCUUAAAAAGCAUAUCCCUUACCGGAGUUCAGUGCUAACCAGGAUAUUAAGUGAUUCUCUCGGUGGUAAUUGUCGAACUGCAAUGAUCGCUACUGUCAGUCCAUCAUCUUUAUCAUACGAUGACACUCACAACACUCUCUCAUAUGCUAACAGGACAAAAGGAAUCAAUUUAGCGUUAAAGAGGAGAAGUUGCGUCAUUGGUGUUCAACCGCGUCAUCAACAAAUGGCUCUUGAUGCCUUGAGGCAAGAAAAUAUUUCUCUGGCAGAGAAAAUUAUUCUAUUAGAACAACAGGUUGCUAAAUUGCAACGAAUGCCUGCAAAUCCUAUCACAGCCGAUUCUUCAUCUCUUGAUAUUUUAAACUCAUAUAAAAAUAUUCUAGAUGAAAUGUUGAACAACCGACUUGAGCUGAGAAGAAAAUUCUUAGAAUGUGAAAGUGAAAUUAAAAAAAUCGAGUUGAAAUACCUUUUAAAGAAUAUGCUUAAGGACAGUCUCCAACAAAAUAAAGGUUCCGAUGCAGAUGAAAACAAAUAUGAUGCAGCUCGAUAUCUUUACCACCAAAAGUUACAUUAUGAGGAUCGAUACAAUCAAUUACAACGAGAAGUUGCUGAUAAUGAAAGCGCAAUCAGAGAAUUGGAAGAUUUAAUUCGUUCAAAAGUCGCAACAGAUGAUUACUUUAUUGAUGCCUUUUUCCGAGAGAAACACAUGCAAGUCGAACUUCAAGAUAAAAUAAUGACCGAUAAACAUCAUUCUGAAGUUUCCUACACGAUUAUCACCCAGUCGCAAGUUUGGCUCGAGAAUUUGGAUGCUGCCAUGAAGUUAACUCAAGUUUUCUUCCGUAUGUUAGAUGCUCAAAAGUUAUCUAAAGAAAGGGAAGAAGAAUAUCAAAAUGUUGUCAAAAGAUUCGAAGGUAAAAAAUCGGUCGUAUGGGGAGACGAUAAUGUUACAAAACAAUCUAAUAUCCACUGGGCUGAUAUCGAUAAUGUUUUAAAAUUAUCUUCCUACACUUCAACCCCUCGAACACCAUUCAGAAGGUGUGAUGAAGGUGGUCUUGAAAUAAUUUGUUCCGGACUAACACCAAGUUCAGUGUCACCUCCAUCAACCAGCGCGACCCUUAAUUCAACCUUCAGCAUUUCCCAAGUGUAAACAUUGCCCAUUAUUGUUUUUUUUUGUGACCCAACCCUUUUACUCUCAUUUUUUGUCAUUCCCAUUUCCUUUUAACUGCUCAUCUUACGAAUCAUCAUUUUAAUUAUUCAAUUAUUCAUUUUAUCAUAAUAAUUUUCAUCAUCCAUUAUCUCUCAAUUGUAUUAAUCCCAAAACUCAUGAUCGAACGUCUUUAAUGGCGAUCUGAUUCAGCGAGAAACAGCUCACAACUGAUCUCUAUCUGAAAAAUUCUUAUUUCGAUUGUAAUUGAUCAACUAACAAUUAAAAAAGUUAAGCCAAAUUAAAGUUGAUCACUUGUAGCAACUAAAAUUUGGCAAUCGAUUAAAAUGUUUAUAAUUGAUA